CUCCGCUCCGCUCGGGCUCCCGCCCCGCACUCGGCGCCGCGGCUGUUCCGGCUGCGCCCGGCCCGCCCUGCCCGCCCCGCCGCGCGGCGCGUCGCCCUGGCCGGUCAGCCGCGGCCGGACAGCCCCCGCCAGCCAGCGCGCCAUCGCCGGGCCGGGAGGGGGCAGAGGCGGCCCCGCCGCCGCCGCCGCCGCCGCCGCAGAAACAUGGAGUCGGCGCCGGCAGCGCCCGAGCCCAGCGCCGGGGAAGCGGGCGGCGGCGGCGGCGGCCCCGGAGAGGCAGAAGCGGUGGCGGCGGCUCGAGAUCCCCCGGCCGGCGCGGAACAAGCGCGGAAAGGCGAUGCGCCGCCUCCCAACCGCAGCAGGCACAGCUGUUCCGGCGGCGGCGGCAGAGGAGGAGGAGGAGGAGGUAUUUCCGUAACGAAGAAGACGCACACAUCUCAAAUUGAAAUUAUUCCAUGCAAGAUCUGCGGAGACAAAUCUUCAGGAAUCCAUUAUGGUGUGAUUACCUGUGAGGGCUGCAAGGGUUUCUUCAGGAGGAGUCAGCAGAGCAAUGCCACCUAUUCCUGCCCUCGCCAGAAAAACUGCUUGAUUGAUCGAACCAGCAGAAACCGCUGCCAGCACUGCCGCCUGCAGAAAUGCCUGGCCGUGGGGAUGUCGCGAGACGCUGUCAAGUUUGGCCGCAUGUCCAAAAAACAGAGGGACAGCUUGUACGCAGAGGUCCAGAAGCAUCGGAUGCAGCAGCAGCAACGAGACCACCAACAGCCCCCCGGAGAAGCGGAGCCGCUGACCCCGAGCUACAGCAUCACGGCUAAUGGCCUGACGGACCUGCACGAUGACCUCAGUAAUUACAUAGAUGGUCACCCUCCUGAAGGUAGCAAAGGCGACUCUGCGGUUAGCAGCUUCUACUUAGACAUACAACCUUCUCCAGACCAAUCGGGCCUUGAUAUUAAUGGCAUCAAACCAGAACCAGUCUGUGACUACACUCCCACGACGGGCUUCUUUCCAUAUUGCUCCUUUACCAAUGGGGAGACCUCUCCUACUGUGUCCAUGGCAGAAUUAGAACACCUUGCGCAGAACAUCUCUAAGUCACACAUGGAAACCUGCCAGUACUUGAGGGAAGAGCUUCAACAGAUCACCUGGCAAACGUUUCUGCAGGAGGAAAUUGAGAACUACCAGAGCAAGCAAAGAGAAGUCAUGUGGCAGUUAUGUGCGGUGAAGAUAACAGAAGCAAUACAGUAUGUCGUAGAGUUUGCCAAACGCAUCGACGGCUUUAUGGAACUAUGCCAAAAUGAUCAAAUUGUGCUUUUAAAAGCAGGGUCUUUAGAGGUUGUAUUUAUCAGAAUGUGCCGUGCCUUUGACUCUCAGAACAACACAGUGUACUUCGAUGGCAAAUACGCUGGCCCAGAUGUAUUCAAAUCAUUAGGCUGUGAAGAUUUCAUUAGUUUCGUUUUUGAAUUUGGAAAGAGUUUGUGUUCUAUGCACCUUACUGAAGACGAGAUUGCAUUAUUCUCAGCUUUCGUUUUACUAUCUGCAGAUCGAUCAUGGCUUCAGGAAAAGGUAAAAAUUGAAAAGCUUCAGCAAAAAAUUCAGUUUGCGCUUCAACAUGUACUGCAGAAAAACCAUCGGGAAGAUGGAAUAUUAACAAAGCUAAUAUGCAAAGUGUCUACCUUAAGAGCCCUGUGUGGACGACAUACAGAAAAGCUCAUGGCGUUCAGAGCAAUAUACCCAGAGAUUGUGCGACUUCAUUUUCCUCCCUUGUACAAGGAGUUGUUCACUUCAGAAUUUGAGCCAACGGUGCAGAUGGAAGGGUAAAGGGAUCUUCUCCAGCCUUCUAGAAGCUCUGGGGGACAAACAUGCAAGCAGAACGAGAGAAGAAAGAGAUUCAACCGAGACACUUUCGUGGCCCUGCGCAAGACGUAGGGAGCCAGCACACUGCACAUCUUCCAGGCACCGGCGCCAGGCAAAGGAGGGGGGGGAAAACGAAACAAGGGUUGGACUUCCUUGUCUCCUUGGUCCCGUUGCUGCGAUGCCCACCCGAAGGGACCCUUUUCCCCCCGCCUGGACUUCUCAGUCUUCAGCCUCUGUUUACACAGAAGGAGGGCUUCCCUCUGUCCUUGUAACUCACUGCCCACAGAGACGCUCGCCGAACAAGGUCCGAACCGAAUCUCCAGCUCGACUCCAGCGACUGGUGUGCACUGCAGAGGCUUCGCUUCAUCAGUUUUGCACAACUUUUGCUCAUUGUUUCAUGAAGGACGAUGUCUUUUCACCGUACCGUGAUUGCCGCCAGGCGGAAUGGCAUGAAAAGAGUCCAUAGCAAUAGCAUUAUAAUCUAUUACAGGGUAAAUGGGCAUGAAGUCAAUAUAUAGCAAAAGAGAUGAUAUUGUUUAUAUAUUGUUUUAAUUAAUAUAAAAAUUGUAGUUAACUGGUAUAGCUUUUAUUGUUGAAUUGAUAAGGCACUUUCAUUUUGCACCUUUUUUUCUUUUUAAAUUAUAUGCUGGCGUGUUCAAUGUUUGUGCUGCAUGUACACCAGAAAUCCAAGUUUUAACGGAGGGUUGGAAGGAGGAGAACACUGCAAAGGAGGUUGUGCUGCUAUUUUCCACGUUUCCUUUGGCAGAGAGGCUGGCCCAGGUCAUGCGAUGCCCUUCCGUGGUCUUGUGUAAGGGGCAGGGAGGGAGGGAGGAGGGACGUCAAGUUUCUAAACCGUUCUCUGGGUCUUAAAACUAUGAUUUUAUUGGAGAAGCAAAAAAAAAAUAUCCCUAUUUUUAAACCAGAUUACUGACAAUGGGGAUUGAAAAGAAAAAAAAAUAGAGCUAUGUUUAAUCACUUAACAAAUGUGUUGGUUUUUUAGCAACACCUUUUUAAAAUCAGCCCAUUUCCUGGAGUGAGUAAAUAUGGAUUCCAACAACCAAAUUUAGACACUUGUGUUUUGGAAAUAUUGGUCCUAAUACUUUUGUUUACAUUUUGUGUGUGUGUGUGUGUGUGUGUGUGUAGAAAGAGAAACAGAUUCAACAAAUUAAAAGAGGUAGGGGACAUACGUUUUUUUUCUCGUGGAUAGUGUCCAUGGACUUAAAUCUUGUAUUCAGUGCAUGGAAAUCCAAAUAUUUGCUCAGUUGUGACACAGCUGGAGGCUUGUUAAAUAACCCUGCUCUUACAUGUGGCUACUUCCUUUGUAAACCAAGAGGUGCUACUUGUCCCCUUGCUUUACAGUCUGUUCCAAACAGAAGCUGCCAUGGGAGGCGGUCAAACAUGUCGGCAGCUUGGAUCCUGGAACUGCCACUGGCAUCUUGAUUUCUCGGUCACUCCGCCUUUUGAAAUCUAAAGCAAUCUGAAUUCAUGCUCUGCCUACCACAUGCUACGCUUUAGCUACCUGCACCUGGGAUCAUGAGCAAGAAGCUCUAUAUAUUAAGAAUGAUUUAUAUCAUGGCCACUGAAAUCCACCUAUGCAAAUGCAAAAUCUGAUCCAAAAAGGGGUGACACAAGUUGGACUCCAGUUCUUCUUUUGACAUUCCAUUUGCUCCUUGGACCACUUCAAAAUCUUGGAGAGGGUUCCCUCAAUGUGACCAGAAGUUCCAGUUGGAUUCCUGGUCUUCAAAGUUGUGUUUAGAGCCAGUGACCAAGGUUGCAAUCCUAUGCCCUUUGAUCUGUUGGGAAGCCCUGUUGAGUUCCGUGGGAUCUCCUUCCACAUAAGACCUACAUAAGGCUCUUUGGUUGAGUUGUUGAAUCACCCAUAUUUAAUUGCAUCGUCUUUAAUUCUCAUACUAUUUCACUUCCCUGCAUCUUGAAGUACAGUGUGCAUUAGCAGCAAUCUUAACUCAUGUUUAUCGGAGUAGAUUAGGUGUUUUUAAUUUAUUGACCACUAAGGAACUCUUAAUAAUUCUGAGGGUCAUUUUCAGUUCUGAUUCCAGUUGUCUUUUUGGUAAAAAAUAUCGUCAAGAAUGGAAGUGAUUGAGAUGUUUAUUCAUGGAUACUAGUAAUGUCAGCCAGUCUUGCAAGCUACUCUUCUUUAAAAAACUAGGUUAAAAGAAUAAUUAGGUUCAGCAUUCCAAUGAUCUGAAUAUAAAGCGUAUGUAGGGAUGUGUCUUCUUGUCUCAGGCUCUUUAUCCUUUAUCCUUGUCUUAGAGACCGUUUUAGUAGGCAGCUAAAACUUUUGAGAAGAAUAUUUUCAUCCUCUGCUUCAUCAUACCUUCUGUAGGAUCAUGUAUGCACACAAACCAUAUCAUAGUUUGCUCACAUCCUGUCAUGUCUAUGAAAGAAAAAAAGUUGACUUUCGGUUUGGAAAUCAGCAUUAUUUACAGCUCAUUUUUUUAAAUUAAGUGCUAAUAGUAGGAGCUUCUGGUUGCUUGUAAAUUUCCAUUGUUCUGACAUGGAGCAUUGUCUUCUUUUCAGGUGAUUGAUCAAGUGCCAUCAAAUCUGUGCCAACUCUUAUUCACCUUCGAGAUAGAUUUUCUGCAUCUGGUCCUUCAGAUCUUUCAAACUGGUUUACAGCAAUAGGUGGCCAUCCUCUUCUCUUCCCUUCUCUCUUUCCCAGCAUUAUAGGACUUUGGGUCCUUACUUUGAUUAAUUAAUUAUGUGCCACCAAGUUGUUGACUGUUAGCAAGCCCUUAGAUACUCUCCAUGACAGUCACUUGGUCCCUGGAGUCUUCCAACAGUGUCCCCUUCAGCACUGUAACUAAAUCCCUUCCUGCUGAUCAUCCUCUUCUUCGCUUUGCUUCCCACCUUCCCUGCAUGAGAAUUUGUUCCAGAGAGUUAGGUCUUCAAAUAAAGCAUCCAAAAUAGGACAAUCUGAGCUUUUGUGUCUUUUGUGCCAUUGGUGAGAAUUCUGGAUUGACUUGUUGGAUGAUUCAUUUUUUUAAAAAAACUUUCCAAGCUGUUGAUGCUCUUCUCAAAAGUCUCAAAAGCAGCUACUGGCAGUUAAGCCACCCUCUUCCUUCCCUGAUUCUUUAGGGAAGUAUCACACCAAACUGUAUUUUGAUAAGGAUACAAUGGUGCUGAUAAUCUCUUAUGAAAAAUGCUGAGGGAGUCCACUUGUACUCAGCAAUAUCUACUUUGAAUAUCAGAUCAGAGGGAAAACCCAUCAGCCAAAACAUAAAAUUCAGGAAUAAGUUUUAACAUCCAAGGUUGGUAGCCUAAUUAAUAUACUUGUUGGAUAUAACAAACUUCAGCUGGGAUUCAGCGAUAUAAAGCGUAGCAUGCUGUGUGGUGGGACAUAUCAAAGCUUCACAAUACCUGCAGGUGAACUCCAGAAAACUGGCAGUUAAAAUUAAUUUGGGUUUUCAUUCUCCCAUCCUAUUUUUGGUGGACCUAUUGCACUGAUUUAGAAGAAGGCCUCUAGUCCUGGGUCUUGAUGGCACAGUUCUGUUUCAGUCGUGUUUAUAUUGUUUAAAAUUAUGAACUGACAUGAUAUGUGACAUUCUUUCAAAUCUGGUUGUCUUUUUAGGGAGCUUUUCAUGGUCAUAAGGUUAUCAAGGUCUGAAUGUGUGUGUACUCUUGAAUGUGUGGGGUGUAGGGGUGCAUGGUUGUUGUUAGGCCAUUAAGUGUCCAUGGAAUAAAGAAAAUGUGUUGAAGAUAUGUAAGUCAAAAAUAGAAGGUGGAAAAAAUAUUCUAUAUAAAGCCUUGUCUGGACCACUUAGAGAGACUUCUAUUUUUUUAACCCUUCUAUAAAUAUUUGGUGGCACUUGAAAUAUUCCUGCAAUAAAAUGUGAUUUGUGUAAAGGUAGAAACAAACAAAAAAGAUUUUGUAAUGUGAAAAAAAAAAUGAAAGAAAGCAAUGUAAUUUUUCUAAAAAAGAAAAACAAAAAACAAACCAACUUUGUAUUAUUUUUGUGGAUGGAAUUUGUCUACUUGUCUUUGGAAAAAGCAUUUGAUCUCAUUGAAUGUGCCAUAGCAGAGGCGCGUGGGUGGUGGGUCUUUUUUUUGUUACGUCGUAGGUGAAAGGAAGGAAGUGCUUUUGUGUUUCCGACAUUCCGUAAAGCGUGAGGCCAUCGCAAAAUAAUUCUUGUCAAAGAUGUGUUCGUGAGCUUCCGUCUUUGUUGCUUUUUUUUGCACAUGUUGUUCAUUUCUCUCCAGUGCAAUAUGGACGCGUAGAGCACUUGCGGGUUUUACUCAGGGAAAAUUACAUAUUUGUUAUACAGGGUUUUACGUUGUCGUUUUUUGUGGUUGUUUGGGGUGGGGUGGGGGCUGAGGGAUGUUUUUUUCUUUUGCUAAGGAAUGUCGAUUGAAUCACCUUUGUCAAGGGGCAGCCAGAUAAUAAUCCUAACGCCACUGCCAAACCCUGAAUCCUCUCUCGUUCCGGCCCUGCCAUUCACCACAACAAUUCCUGACCGUUCUUUGUGCGAAUUGGAAAAAAAGAGAAAAAAGGGUAUAUAAGCACCUUAUGAUUGACUUAACUGUGAAUGACAAUCCAUCUUGUGAUCGGUAAUAGAUGCCCAAGAAUUUAGAAGUUUUGGUUAAAGCUCAGGGACCUUUCAAACUCUUCAACAGGGAGACCAGAGUUAUGGUUCAAAACGCUUUUGAGAAAUGUGGGGGCUCUUCUUACAUUGAGCAACUAAUCUGGACAGACCUACGUUUGUCCCCAUGGAAUGUCAGUUGUUUGGAUUCUCAGCUUUCGGCUACUUAACCCUGUUAAACAUUCACACUAAACCAACAGAAGAGGCUUUACAGCAAGCGUGUCCAACCUCGGCCACUUUAAGAGUUGUGUACUUCAACUCCCAGAAUUCCCCAUUCGUGGCUGGCUGGGGGAUUCUGGGAGUUGAAGUACACAAGACUUAAAGUGACCUAGGUUGGACACCCCUAGCUUACAGUAUGUGUUGGGGAAAUAAGUCCACACUGACCCAUAAUGCAUGUCAAACAACCACUGUUUUAUCUUUUUUUAAUAACAACAACAAAAACAUCGAAUCCUGAAUAUUUCUAGAUACUGUGUUGUGCUUUUCCCAAGUAAAGAAACUUUGGGGGAAAGUGGCAAGAUUUUCCAACCCGCCACUUUUACCUACGUUUAAAAAAAAAAAUUCUACAAGGGAUGAGUGGAGGAUUGGAGAGAUCACCUGUCCGGAAAGAUUUCCUUAGGUGCCAAAUAUAAUUUCAUCCUGUUAACCUUAUGCAAAAUCAACCAUUCGUGCGACUUGGUUUAAAUUUUUAACUUAUUUAUUUAUUGUUCCAGGUUUGCCAUCUGGUGCAACCUGCAGAGUCUGGCGGUGUUCAGCAGCAUUAAACAUAAAGGAAAAAGCAGUCUUUAUUAUACUGAAAUCAUUAAUUAUACCGUCUGCUGGGAGGAGGUGAAAAUGAUUAGAUGGUUGUAGUUGCCAUGACUGACUCUUAAUUCCUUCCCCGCAGACACCUCUGACUUAUUUACUUAAAUAGAUUAUUACAACCUUUAAAAAAGCUAUUUAAAAUCCCCCAAUGAUAUGUGAACAGUUUUUCUCAAUCUCAGCAACAUUAAAAACGGUAGACUUCAAUUCCCAGAUAUCCCAGGUGUGCUGGCUGGGGCAUUCUGGGAGUUGAAGUCCUCCAGGCUUAAAGUUGCCAGGGUUGGAGACCCCUGCUCUUAAGUAAUUCCAUAAUUGACAUUAACUGUGUAGCGUUAACGUAGUGUCAGUUGUGUGACUUUUGAAGGAGGGAGGCUGAAACAGAAAUGAGAAUUUCUCUGGAGACAUGGAUUAUUUGCCUUUUUUUCCAUGUUUCUUAAGAGGAAGAGUUCUAGAGGAAAAGAAUUAGGAAUUUAUUGAACAGGCCAAAGAAAAGCGAAUCGUAUUUCAAAUAUGUGACUAGAUUCCUCUGAAUCCGAUCACCCCCAUCCUACCAAUUAGAGUGUUUUUUCCCACCGAAUUGAUCAACCGGUCCAAUCACAUUAGACUGCAGACUUUCCUAAGGAUUGACUUCUUAACUACAAGCACAGGUCCUGGGAAUGACAGGGACACAGGUUUCAUCCAAAGGGGUCAAGGAUUAGAAGGAGUUUCUGUGAUCCAUGAAGGUCAAAGAGAGGGCCAAGGGGCAAUGAAUAUGGAGGUCAGAGGUCAGUUCCAGAAAACCUGGCAACAUGAUGGGUUACUGGAUCAAUGAGGAUGCAGCUGCAGAUCCCACAGCUGUCUCCUGCACUGAUCCAAGUUCCCCGAUGAUUGCCUUAGACCGUUGUUCUCAACCUUGGCAAGGCUCACGCUUCUGGAUCCCAGAAUUUAACUGGGGAAUGCUGGGAGUUGAAGUCCACCCAUCUUCAAAGUGGCUAAGGUUGAGAAACACAUACACAUAGAUACAUCUAUGACCUUACUGAGUUAGCAUAAAACAUGGAGUAGAGCUAUCUGUGUUACUCACUUAGGAGUUGUUAGGUUUUUUUUCUCCCCCAGAUAGGUUUUUUAUCAUUUUCAGAAAAGCAAGCAUAAAUACAACUUCACCUCUAUGUUUGGCAAGAAAAGCACGUUAAGCUAUUGAGCCAGGAAUUUCCCAGGUUGGGUUAGAAUGAUUCAAAUCCAUUUUAAACCAUCACAAUUUAAGAAUAGCAGUGUGACCAAUUUAAAAUUUAUUAUAUAAUUGUGGGUGGUUGGGUGUUUUUUUUUAAAUAAGCAUUUAGGAAACCAUUCCAAGUCCUGUACCACGAAUCAGUUAAUUGUUUAUUAAUGAAUGAUGUCCCAAUAACUUUUGAGGAUAUAGAACCGAACAGAAUAACAGAGUUGGAAGAGACUUUGGAGGUCUUCUAGUCCAACCCUCUGAUCAGGCAGGAAACCCUACACCAUUUCAGACAAAUGGUUGUCUAGUCUCUUUUUAAAAACCUGCAACGUCUGCAUGUCUAUAUCCUCAAAGAUUAUGGGACAUCCUUUUCAUCCUUCAUUUUACUCUUGUUUGUCUUGUCAUCACCUACUCUAAUACAAACUCAUAGAGGAAUAUGGGCAUAUCAUGUUUAUAUGUGGGCAUUAAGCUUAGUCCUACAGUUGAUUUAAUAAAAUUAGAUGCGAGAAGCUCUAGAAAUAAAAUGAGCUGUAACCUAUCAUUACUUUAUGUCAAUAAAUAAAUCCACCGAUUGGAUUUUUAUGGGUAGCAGGGCGUAAUCCUAACUCUUCAGAGCAAUAAACCAACUGAAUCCAAAAAUAAAUCCUCAGUUCCUGUGCAUUUUGAAUCUCCAAGUGAAGCAUCUAAAAACAUUCAGUUUUUAGAGUCUAUUGCUACGGUACAUAUUUAGUUACUCUUAGACGUUCAUCCUGUUACCUUUGAAAUUCAGAAUAUCUCCCUCUUCCACCCCUCCUUGGCUUUACCCCUCAUUUACUGAAGAUGCAUAAAUGCACAGGACCCUACAAUCACGUGUUAUCCUCUCGAAAUGCAGAAAAUUCAUAAGCAAUAUUGUGAAUUUUAUUUCACAAACCACAGAGGUACUGUAUAUAUAUAUUUUCCUAAUUCCAAAAUUUUCUAUUUUGACGCGACAAAAAAAAUUUGUAUUAAAAAAAAGACAAAAAAACCUCCAGUGGUCCCUCUUUUGAUGAAUAGGACGUUAGCUGGCUGCUUCUCUCUGUGUAAACUGUCUUGUCUACCUGCUCCUUUUUUCGUGGAGAUGCGUUUUUUGUAUGGAUGUUUGAGCCCACGGGAGGCUUCAAGCGACGAUGUAUUUUUCCCACUUGGAAUAUAUUUAACGUAUUUAACAAACCCCAGACAAGGCUUUUUAAAAACAAACAAACGUAAGAAGAAUUGCAGUGGUAGGUGGUUUAUUUGCAAAUUGUUUUCCGUGCUGUCCAUUUUAUGGCACCUUUAACAAUAUUCUUAUUUCCAAAGUACACAAUAAAGGUUAAAAAAAAAAUACUCUAGCCAUAACUGAAUGUCAAGCAAUAAAAACAAUGAUUUUUGUGCAUAGAUUUAAAGACAUACCAAUUGUAGACAUCUGCAUGUAAAUGCAAAAUCUCUUGUUUACUGCUUUCUUAAACUUGAUCAACCAACUCCUUAUUUUACUACUAAUUUAAGGACUUGUAAUGGCCUGUAUACAUUUUCUCUAGCUCGGUUUGUUACGUCAUUCUUUGUGUCUCAGCUUCUGAGUCAUAUUUAACUGUUCCGUGUGGUUCUGCUCACCUCCUGUAUGGUUAUAACUACUUUGCGUUCAUUCUCUAUAGAUAAAGAUAUACUAUUUAAAAAAGGAAAGCCUACGCGGUGCAAAUAUUUAUCUGUUUAUCAAAUACCACAUUAUGCUGUAUACUAUCUGUUUUACUAUAUACUCUAUUUUAGAAAUAGAUGUUUAGAACUAGCGUCUGUUCUUUUGUGUUCUUCGGAUGUGUGGUGCUAGCAAAGUUAAUUUGACGAACAACAAUCCCUUCCCGUUUUAUUCCUAGGCAAUACCACACUUGAUCUUGUACGAAUAUUUCAUGGAAUAUUUAUGUGUGUGUGUGUGUAGGUGCGUAUAGACCUUAUACAAUCCUGCCCACGUGCCCAACGAAGUACCUGCAUCAGAGUAUUAGUUGGGGUCAUGGUUUUCUCUUCAAAUAUAUAAUUCUAUAAAGUUGUCUCUAGUAUAUUUAAUCAGGAGGAAAUUAACUCCUCGCUAUGAUAUUUGAUAUCCAAUAUAGUGUAUCCUUUCUUUUUCUCCUCCUAAUUAAGUUCUUUCAAGGCCAGGAAUUCACCAUCAUUUGGGCUGGUUUUUUGGUUCUUGUUUUUGCUCCAAAACAUCUGGGAUUUGAACUUGUCCUGCUAGUUCCCAGGGCAGGACUAAGACAGGACUAAAACAUCAGAUUUUGUUUUUAAACUGGAGAUCUGCAAAGCUCUAAUGCUGUAAGUAGGUGGUCCUGGAAUCAACAGGUGAUCUAUAGGGCAACUUUAAGCGUGUUAUUUUGAAAAUAUUGUCUGAAAAAAACUCAGGUGAAUUUGGGAUUCCAGAAUCUGGUGGGCAAAAGUAGGAAUUGCAAUGGCAUCAUUAAAAUCUAAAGCAGGGCAACGUAAAGACUUGUGGACUUCAACUCCCAGUUUGGGCUCCCAAUUUCUUAUAAAACAUCUCUGUCUGGCCCCCGCUUUGAACCUCCCUGGUGGGCUCUUGCCCAAAUUGAUCUAUCAAUCCCAUUAACAUGGUUGUCCACCUCACCCAAAGUGACUCUGGGUGACGGAGGGCAAAGACCCCCAGAUCUUUCUCCCUAGAGCUUCCAAGCCCCUCUGAGUUUGAUCGGGUGCAGCUGUUUCCUGAAUCAUGAAUGUUAUCUCCCAAGGAAACGAGUGCAGAUUCACCACCUCAUUUAUUCAAGAAGUUUCACUGAGCUUGCCAUGAGUUAAGUUGUGAGUAGAUCUGCAUAGGAGGGCACUGGAGGCCUGACUGCCUGAUAAAUCAAUACAUGCCAAGAAAAAAAAGGAACAAAUAUUAUAAAGAUGCUGAUUAAUUUUUCUGUUUCUGUCUACUACUCAACUACUCAUCCAUCCAACAGUGUGCAUUUACUGUAAAUCUAGAUAAGUGUAGAGACUUGCAAAUUAAAAAGUGCAAAUCUGAUUCUCCAUGGCAUCGUAAAUGGCACCGUCUAAGUCUGGACAAAAGUUGGCACUGAAAUUGACCGCUAUGUGAAAUUGAUACUUUAAAAAAAGUUCGGACCAGUAUUAUUUUAGCAAUAAUGGAUAUCAAAUAUCUAAAACGAGGAAUACACUUUGAAAUAUUUAUUAUGACUCUUUUAUGGACUAUUAACUGAUUAUAAAAUCUUUAGCAAUCGUUUUUGAGGAAUUUAAGAAGCUGUUUGUUUACCACUCUUUUUGAUAAUAGAGGAUAGUGACUAUUAAGGUCUCAGCUCCAUGCUUCUGUUUUUGAUUUAAUACACCAAUCGUUAUUCGGGGUGGGGUGGGGGAGAAAUCAAAAUUUAUCUGCACCCUGGCUACAUUUUAAUAAGCUUACGUACAUUUACUCUGUACGUAAUAAUCAGUUAAUUGUUUUUUUAAACAUAAAAUCUUCUUUAAAGAUGCAAGUCCAUUAUUACUGUUCACUCCCUUAUCAAUCCAAGUCACUUUUUAACCAGAGUUCCUCUUAUUAUUUGUGUAAUCCAUGUUUCACCUCCUUUAUACCAAUCCCUAACUGUUUGGGCUUCAUUGUUUUAUAAAUUAUGCAAGUCUGUGCAAGUAAUGUUUCUCAUAGUGUCUGAGAAAUAAUAAAUGCUGAUUAUAAAUAUG